CCUAUCAGCUCGUGGCGGGGGAGGGUGCUCCGGACUGGAACAGUUUGUUCAUCUUUACAUCGAAUUCAUCACCGACGAAGUCCUUCAUCGUUGCGGCUCACAUGUUCAGGCGUUUGUUCUGUGUAUUUUUAAUACCAGUAUAUAGGCAGCAGCACCGGGUCAUCAGCGUUAUCGCGCAAAAGAGUUCGUCCGCCGAGUUACUUCGUGGUUUAACGUCGAGAAACAAGAGCGGUCGAAAAUGUCGGUGGAGCCAAUUGUUAUCACGAUGGAAACGGCCACCGGGGCCCCGAGCUCUUUCCCGGGUGUUUUGAAGAAAGUAAUGGAAAUGCCGCCGCCGAACAUUCUGGACGGAGACGACGACACCGACAAGGAGAAGCUGUGUCUGGGAGAUAAUGUCGAACUGGGCGGCGGAGGAGGUAGCGACAUGGGUCCUUCGGCCGCCUUGACUCCCGCCAUCUGGGAGAAGACCAUUCCAUACGACGGUGAGAACUUCCACCUGGAGUACAUGGACCUGGAGGAGUUCCUCAUGGAGAACGGCAUUCCCAUCUCGAUGGAUGAGGAGUCCCUGAAGAGCAGCGCAGAAGGAGACGCGGGGAAGAAAGGGAAAGUUAAGGCCACUCCCUCUGCGCCAACAAAAGUCACCAAGCCUGCAAGUGUCUCCACAGUGGCCCUGCUGCCCAUUCAAGAGUUGGAAAGGUGCGAUGAGGAAGUACUGAUCAUCACCAAGGGUGACUCAGAGUUUAUCUGUGAUGUAACCACAGAGGUGACAACCGAAAAGGACAGGGCGACCCCCGAGCCCAUCGACCCCGACGAAAUCGAGGUCGAUAUCAACUACGAGCCCGACCCGACUGACUUGGUCCUGUCGAGUGUGCCCGGGGGCGAACUGUUUAACCCACGCAAACACAAGUUCACAGAAGAUGAGCUCAAGCCACAGCCUAUGAUUAAAAAGGCCAAGAAGGUGUAUGUGCCUGAGGAGCAGAAGGAUGACAGAUACUGGCAGAGGAGGAAGAAGAACAACGUGGCUGCAAAACGCUCGCGCGACGCCCGCAGGCUAAAGGAGAAUCAGAUCACCGUACGAGCGGCUUUCCUGGAGCGUGAGAACUCAGUGCUGCGGACGGAGGUUGCAGACUUACGGAAGGAGUGCGGCCGCUACAAGAACAUUGCGGGUCGCUACGAAGACAAAUUUGGACCUAUUGCGGUGCCAGAAGACAUAGACAACAAUUGAUAACAAAUCAAUAAAUCAAAACCACGAGGUCGGUAUGUGAGAACACUAGAAUCUGUCAGAUGAUGAAGAAGAAGAAGAGGAGGAAAAGAGAGAGUAUGUGAGGGCGUCAUUGUUAUUGCCACGGAGACAUGUGGCAUGUUAAAACCCUGAUGUCUUGUUUUUGUUUUUCUUCUUUAUGACUUAUAUUUAUCGUCCAUCAGACUGAAAUGAGUGUGAUGAUAUUCAAGUGCUUCUUCAGCACUAAUUUUAUGUUGUGUAUGCUCAUCAUGUUUUGUAUGCCUUUGGCCAAAAGAGAUCAUAUGUGAUGUAUUUUUUUUGGGGAGAAAAUGUGGGUUUGAUUUGAACUUUGUAGAUGAGAUAGUUGAGAAUUAGGUAGCAGUUGCAAUAUAUCAGGCUUUUUCUACUAUAUCACCAAACUGACUUAAGAAUCCAAACUGACUUGCAGGUUCCUUCCAGUUGUUUUUACAUUUUUAUCUUUUUUGAAACUUGCUGUUCUAUUUUGACUCAAAUUUGUUUUGGUAUUCGUCAGAUGAAUUGGAACUCAGGGCUUUGCCCUUUGCUCACAAACACUGUGACAGCAGUGACUCAAGCUUCUUCAGGGGAUAACGCGAUCACUUUUCUUACCAACACUCUGUCCUCUCUGUUUCAAUAAACUUCACCGCUCUCGUGCUGUUUUCGUCAGUGAGUAGGAUUUCUGUGCAACUCUGCAGGUCGUCACAAUGACUUGUCCAUUUACGUCGGUAAGACUUAGUGUUUUGUGUACUGUAAAUAGUUGUAGCCCUUUUUUUUAAGUCUCAACAUUUAACAACUGUUCUCAUAUUCUCCAUAAGACAUGAUAACGCAUAUACAGUGACUCAUGUUUUUGUAAAGGUGUGCUGGCUGGACAUAUUUAACAGACUGACUUACUUUUUUUAUUCAUUUGCCUGAACUCCUUCACGGUUUCUUUAUCAGACUCGCAAGCUGACCGUGCCUGUUACAACCUGAUUAUUUUGUUUGCUUGCAGUAAUAUUUUUUGGACAAACAAGGAACUUGAUUUUAUUCACAAGAUUGCAGUUUACAGGGGGCGUGCUGUUCAACAUUACAUCUCAUUAUUUUAAUUUCCAAUUCUGACAAAAAGGGAAAAAUGUAAUUUGCUGCAGUGCUUCCACCCGUACACUGACUUUUGUCAAUAUGAAAUAAUUUUUAUGGUCUCUUUUUUGGAAGGGUUUCCGCGUUUGAUAAACAAAUGAAAUCUAAACAAAAAUUUUAAACAUUAUAACCAGCAGUAAAUAGAUAUAUCUGUAAUGUGCAUCUUCUCAGUUAGGAUUGGAACAUUUAUCCUCAGUGAUUGUGUGGAAAUAACUCCCACUCAUAAAUUUCCGCAAAGACUCAUGUUCCAUAACAAGGUCUAACGUGUAAUUUUAGAAACAAUUUUUUCAAGUAUAAUUUUGAUGUUCUUCCUGACAUAUUUUUUGAGAUUUUUUUUCUGCUUUUUAUCUGGAACAGGUCACUUAAACUUUGCAGGGACUUUUUUCAACCCUCCUGGUCCCGCCUUUGUAUUUCUUUGAAAUGAAAUGACUUCACAAUUUGACUGUGGCUGCAUUUUGUCUUGUAUAUACAGUAAAUAGAAAUAAAGCCUUGUUGAGUCUUUAA